AUGGACGGCGGGGAGUUUAUCUCCACCAUGGAGAACAUGGACUCCAGUUUAGCGGAAUUGGGGGAUGAAUUCACCCUGGGAGACAUCGACGAGAUGCUGCAGUUUGUCAGUAACCAGGUGGGCGAAUUCCCUGAGCUGUUUGACGACCAGAUGAACACCACUGGCCCCCUACAGACCGCCCCGACCCCCCAGCGCCCGGUCCCCAAGACCCCCACCGCCCCCCAGACCCCCACCCAGGCCGUGUACCAGAACACCAGUGUGGGCCUGGCCCCGUCCCAGUCGCUGAACCCCCAGUCCCUUCCGCUCACCCCGCCGCUCACCCCGGUCCAGACCGUCUCCGUGGUGACCUCCGCCGGGCAGCCACAGCAGGUCACACGCACCCCCCCGCUGCUCCAGCCCAGGCCCCACACCCUGCAGUCCAUCCAGCCCCAGCCCCAGCCCCAGGCCCAGGUGCACUCCCAGGGCAUCCCCAUGCAGACCCAGAGCUUCCCGGUUCACACGCUGGUCCAGACCCAGUGCCAGACCCCCAUGCCCAUCCAGACCCAGGCGCCGCAGACGGUCAUGAUCACCAGCAGCGGCGGCCAAUCACGGUUCAUCCAGAACCCUCUCAUCUGCCACCAGAGCCCCGCCCAUAGUUUCCAAGUCCUGCAGCCUCAGAUGCAGAGCAUCAUGACUCCACAGCUUCAGCCAAUGACCAUCCAGCACCAGAGGGUCCUCACGCCCACUACUGUCCACACCAUGCAACAGCAGAUGCAGCAGGUUCUGGUCCAGCAGCCUCAGAUCUUGAAGACGGACUCUCUGGUUCUGACAACCCUGAAGGCCGACGGGACGCAGGUUCUGUCCACCGUCCAGAACCCCGGCGGCAUCACCACCCUCACCACCCCCCUCCAGACCACGUCACUGCAGACGCUCAUGGGCAGCAACAUUCUCACCACGCUCCCCGUCAUGAUGGGCGGAGGGGACAAGCUGCCAAUCAAGCAGUUGCAGUCGAGCUCCGCCCACUGCGGCGGCGGCGGCUCCAGAUUUGGUGGGGAGCAGAUCCAGACCAUGAUGGGCACGGUCAUCCAGGGGGGUGUGGUCAAGGAGGGGGAGAGGCGCACGACCCACAACAUCAUCGAGAAGCGCUACCGCUCGUCCAUCAACGACAAGAUCCUGGAGCUCCGCGACCUCGUCAUGGGCAACGAUGCUAAGAUGCACAAGUCUGGCAUUCUGCGGAAGGCCAUCGACUACAUCAAAUACCUGCAGCAGACCAAUCACAGGCUGCGUCAGGAGAACCUCGCCCUGAAGAUGGGCAAUCAGAAAAACAAAGGUGUGGUCUUGUCAGAGGACGUGGACCUCAAACAGGAAGUGGUUAUGAUGUCACCUCCUGCAUCGGACUCUGGCUCCAGCUCACCCCAGUUCUCCCCCUACUGUGUGGACUCUGAACCUGGGAGCCCCUUGCUGGACCAUGAGCUGAUGAAGAACGAGCCGGACUCGCCCUCCUCCGUCGGGGUGAUGGACGCGUCGCGGCUCCUGCUGUGCGCGCUCACCUUCUUCUGCCUGUCCCUCAACCCCCUUCCCUCCCUGCUGGGGCCCCCCGGCCCCGGGGCCGGCCUGGGCCCCACACACGGACCCUCAAGGAGCCUCACCUGGCUCCCCCCACACACUCAGAACCUCGCGUCGUGGCUGCGAUGCGUGUUGCCGUGGGUGAUGGUGUGGGUGCUGAGCGGGGUGGGGGCCGUGUGGGGCUGCGUGAGGGUGCUGAACCUCUGGGAGCCCGUCACCCCCCUGCACUCCCCCAGGUCUGUCUCCUUCUGGAGGCACCGCAAGCAGGCCGACCUCCACCUGCACCGGGGAGACUACACGGCCGCACUGGGCAGCCUGGAGACCUGUCUGUCGGUGCUGAGCCGGGCGCUGCCCUCCUCCCGCCUGGACCUGCUGUGCUCCCUGUCCUGGAACCUGGUGCGCUACGGCCUGCACCGCCGCACCCCGCUGGGCUGGCUGGUGCACCAGGUGGGGGGCAAGCUGGAGGGGGAGGAGGCCCGCACCAGCGCCAGGGACGCCGCGCUCGUCUACCACAAGCUCAGCCAGCUCCAGCUCACCGGGAAGCUGCCCCAGCGCAGCAGCCUCUGGGCCCUCUCUCUGUCUCUGAGCGCCGUCAACCUGAGCGAGAGCGCCCUGGGAAACAUGGCCCCCGCCCAGCUGGCCCACAUCUACGUUACCGCGGCAACAGCCCUGAGAUGUGUGCUGGGACACCACCUCUCCUGCCUACCGGGUUACCUGUUGAGCUGUGCCGAAGGCCUGGCCAACCAAUCAGAGCCCAAGCCUUUCCUCGACGGCCUGCGCUGGCUCUUCACCCCAUUGGGCAGGCAGUUCUUCCUGAGCUGUGAUUGGUCUGUGAAGUCGAAGGACUGCGACGGGCUCUACAGCAGCCAGAGAGACACCGCCGACCCUCUGGGCCUACUCCACCGCUGCUUCUGUGAGAAGCUUCUGGAAAGGACGGUUCUCUCUCUGAUCCAGCCGCACAGCGAGCCAGCAGGGGAGUUCUGCAGUGCGUUGGAGUUCCUGCAGCUAUUGGACCGUUGCACUGAGGACCCACCCUCUUCGGCCCCCUCCUUCCCCGCGCCGGCCAAUCACAGCAGCACGCCAGUCACAGACCCCGUCUGCCGUUGGUGGGCGUCGGCCCUCAAGGCUGCUGUCCAUUGGCUGAAGGGUGACGAUGUCAUCGUGAGGUCACUGCUGGCUGAGGUGGAGCGGAUGCCCCGUGCCCUACACAACCUGGACCAUCCCCUCCCCCGGGCGGUGCAUGUGUUGUGCAAGGCGGUGCAGCAGAGUCUCUGUGUCCAGAAGGGGGAGGUCUGUCGUCUGGCUCUGUGUGACCGCGCUGGAGGCCUUCUCUCCUCGUCCCUCUCCAUCCCCCCCAGUAACACCACCCACUGGCUCAACACGGGGGUGGAGCUCCUGGUGUGUGACCUCCUCUUGACCCUGCGGACCACCCUAUGGCAGCGAGGGGGCGGCGGCACCAACGGAGAGCCCGGCCCCGCCCCUGCAUCGCAAUUGGCCGGUUUCCAGAGAGACCUGAGUGCGCUCCGGAGGCUGGGACAAAGCUACAGGCAGGCCCAACACAAGGUGUUCCUUCAUGAGACCACCGUGCGGUUGAUGGCGGGGGCUAGUCCCACCCGGACCCACCAGCUGCUGGAGCACAGCCUCCGCCGAAGGACACACACUCCUUACACUACGGAAGGGGGGUGUGUCCUGGGGGAGAGGGAGAGGGCUCAUGCUAUCUUGCUAGCCUGUAGGCACCUCCCCCUGCCGCUGCUGGCUCCACCUGGCCAGCGAGCACGUCUGCUGGCCGAGGCAAAGCGCACCCUGGAGAGGGUGGGGGACCGGCGCUCGCUGCAGGACUGCCAGCAGAUCCUUCUGAGGCUCGGAGGGGGCACCAGCAUGGCGGCCUCCUGAUAGAGCUCCGCCUGGGGGCCUAGAGCCUCUGGUGGAGCUCCGCCUGGGAGACUAGAGCCUCUGGUGGAGCUCCGCUUAGGAGACUAGAGCCUCUGGUGGAGCGCCGCCUGGGAGACUAGAGCCUCUGGUGGAGCUCCGCCUGGGGGCCUAGAGCCUUUGGUGGAGCUCCGCCUGGGAGACUAGAGCCUCUGGUGGAGCUCCGUCUGGGGGCCUAGAGUCUUUUGAUGGAGCCCUGCUUAGUGGCCUAGCACCUCCUGGUGGAGCCAGCCUAGGGGCCUAUUCUUCUGUUGGAACUCUGCUUAGGGGCCUAGAGUCUCCCGACAGAGCUCUGUCAGGGGCCCUGCCACACUCACACACAUAACGGAUACACACAUGCACACACACACACACACACACACACACAAAUGCGCGUGUACAACUAAACAGGCUGUUGAGGAGAGGUUCCCAGUAGGAAGGCUAUCGCUGAGUUUGCAUUGUUAUUAACAUUACCAUAGCUCAAGGGAAGUAUGACGAAUUUGGCCUCAAAGGGAAAGGGAGGGAGUGUGUAGUGGUAUAGUGUAGUGGUGCAGUGUCUAGUCCUGUCUACCUCAAACACUGAAGCACCAUUCUGCACCUGAUCUAGUUCAUUCUUACUAUCAGGAAAUCACUUACACGGUGGCUUUUACACAACUAUUUAUCACGUCAGUUAGGCAAGGCUUUAAGCCAAAGCGCGUUGGGGCAACAAAAACGGGUCAUAAAGGAGCAGGUAGGGGUCAGAUACGUGCUUAAGUAGGUUUAAUGGCAAGGUGGGGAUAUUGGGGACUGAACCCAGGAUGUUAUGUCUGGGAGUAGAACACUGUAGCCACUAAAGCUAGCUAGCUAACAGCUUCAUAGGACUGGCUUUGCUGCUCGCUUGGGAAAAACAGAGGAAGGAAUUCUGCUAAAACAUAUGUAGUAUUUUAUCGUAUUAUCAUGCAUCCAGUUUCAUAGGCUUCCAUUUUAGACACACUUACACACACAUAGACAUACCCACACUCUAGUUUGAAUUAGUGGCUUACAUACCUGCGGUGUGGUCGUAUAUGAAACAUAAUCUUAUGGAAACAUGAGGUGAUGAAGGUGGUUGAGUUAAUGGUUUAUCAAUGGAAAGGAUGAGUUCAGGUAAGCGCUUGGAGGGUAACGGUCAGGGAACAGUCUACACCGUGGCAAGAUAUCAGCCCACCAGUGUGUAUACUGAAGGAAAGUCUUUGAAGUCGCUAGUGAUCAAGAACUGAUAUUUUUUUAGAGAUGUUUUUUAUGUUCUUUGUAUGUAAAUCCUCGAGAGCAGGGGUUGGUUUUUACCUUCAUGUGUGAGCUUCUUUAUUGACCUCUGAACGCUUGGGGUUGACUAUUCCUUUUAUCCUUCCUUGUGUUGGCCUUUUAUGUCCAUAUGUAAAGGUUUAUUGAUGUUAAAAAACGAUUCCUCUUCACAUUUUAUUGUGAAAAAUUACAAUCAUGUUUUUUAUGCGUGCUUGGCAGCGCCGAGUGACGACCCAUUUAAAGGUGCAGUGUGUAGAAUUUAGUCGCAUCUUACGGAACGGACUUUGCAUAAAUGGAACAUAAUAAGGGUUUUUAAUGACUUUAUAAUCCCAUAAAAAUAAGAAAGCAUUUCCAUUACCUAAGAAUGAGCCCUUGAUGGCUACAUUCCAAUCCUUGGAAGACGUCUUCCAAUCCUUGGAACUCGUCUGGAAGGGAAAAACAUUGCUAGCGUCCCUAACUUCAUCCAUAAGGUUUCGCGAUGCUGUCGUAGACGAUGACCUCAUUUUGGAAGUACAGACCAACGUAGCUUCUCCUACGUUGUGGAAAUCUGCAUCCUCCUAUUAGAUAUCACUGCUAUCAUUGCUAAACACUGCACCUUUUUAAGAUAUUUUUUAUAAAUAUCCAGAUGUAGAUUAUAUUCGAAUCUUAAGUCAACAAUUGGCCAUGGUUUGACGUCAUCUGAAAACUCUUUAGAAUAUUAGUUAUAUUAUGUUACCAAAUUUCUGUAUGUUUCUUUUAUUUGUGUUGUACUUUUCGAUUUGUACGUUUAUGUGGAUUUUAUUUUUAAAUAAAACAAGUGGUAAAAGCUGA